CCAUAUAUCAAGCCUAUAACUGCUCCAGCCAGGAUGAAAGCACACCGCGAGCCAACCCCUCGUGGAACUGGCGAGCUAGGGAGGGAGGAGAUGUGGGGAUCUAGAGGCUGCCAAAAACUUACGAUUUGAGUAAUGUUCGCUACGGAUUGGGUAGCUUUCACAGAAAACUGCCCGGUUUGGGCAUCUUACCCUUGCUAUCCGGGAACCCCCUUGCUAGUGAAAUAUACCAAACUUAGGGGUUGUACCUCCGUAUAUAAAGGCCAGGUACAUGGCCAGCAUUCCAAAAGGCCACUGGAGAGCUGUCCUGGCAUCUAGAUCCACGGUCUUUCCUUUGAGCUCUUCUCCCCAUUAACACUUCUAACUGAGCCUUUUCCGCAUCGAGGAUGGUGCGGUACGCAGCGUUGGCACUCCAAUUGGCAUUUGCCAUGGUAGCCAAAGCUCAAAGCAACACUGUGGGACACCUAUCCUCCAAGUAGUUGAUGUCAAUUGACCUUACAAUAUAGAAUCCUACUCCAACGAUGUCGUUCAAUGCUACUGCCGGAACAACCGAGCUCCCCAACUCAGACUAUUCCAACGAGAGACUCGGUUUACUCUGGAACCAGGUUGGGCCCAUCGCAACCCACGCCAGGGUUACUGCAACUGUUGAACCCACGCCGGAAGCAACCCUAGUAGGGCCUGGGGACUUCCAUCCACUUGUGGCAAGCACCUUCUCCUCCGAGCUGGCUGCAGUAAAGCUCCCGCCAAACUUUGCCUGGGGUCUCAGCGCUUCCGCAUAUCAGAUUGAGGGGGCUGCAAAGGACGAAGGGCGUGGCCCCUCAAUCUGGGAUCUCCUGUCACAUCGUGUGCCAAACCAGGUCGCCGACAAUUCCACGGGGGAUGUCCUUGGUCAGCACUAUUACCUAUAUAAGCAAGAUUUCGCUAGACUAAAGGCCAUGGGCACUCCUUAUUACUCCCCCAGUAUCUCGUGGCCGAGAAUCUUCCCCUUUGGACACGGUCCGGUAAACGAAGCCGGUGUAAAGCACUACGAUGACGUGAUUGCCGAGAUGGUGAAGAAUGGCAUCAAGCCUGCCAUCAGCUUGUUCCAUUGGGAUACCCCAUUAGCAUUGUUCAAUCAGUACGGUGUAAGCACCCUAAGUGCUAACCCACCGAGUGAUCAAUCGUGAUAUUGAUUACUGGCUCUCGUAGGGAUGGACAAGCCGCAAGAUCGUGGACGAUUAUGUCAACUAUGCCAAGUUCGUCAUUUCAAGAUAUGACAAACACGUUCCGGUUUGGUUCACUAUCAGUAUGUUUGCUCCACAAAACCUCCCUGAAAAAAAGAAUGAAAAAGAAAACACCAUUAAUAACUGUUUACGCAGACGAGCCACAAUACGUUAGCUUCCAAGUCCCACCAGGGCUCCAAGAGCGACUUUGCUAAUAUCAGCUUUACAGUGCAACUGGCAAUACUCCUCCUACCCUGCCGGCAGCUAUUACCCAUCUUAUGGCGUCGGGCCAGGAUUGAAGGCUCGUUUCUUGUGUGGCCAUUACACUUUGUGGGUAUCACAGUCAUGCAUGCCCCUUUAACCGAAAGCUAACAAUUAUAGGCUUGCACACGCAAAGGUUGCCAAGUGGUAUCAUGAGGAGUUCAAAGGAAAGGGAAGAAUUACCUUUAAAAACAGCGGGAAUUACUUUCAAGCGAACAGCACCAGCGAGGCCGACAAGAUAGCAGUCCAGAGAUCGUGAGUACUUGGAGGCGAGCUCUAGUUUCCUCCUAAUCCCCAGCUAAAGAGCGAAUCUAGAUACGACUUCGUUCUCGGAUGGUUCGGUGGCCCAUGGACCGACGGCGACUACCCCCGGACACUCAAGGACACCUUGGGAGAUUUGCUCCCCAAAUUCACCCAGGAAGAGAAGGAUAUUAUCAAGGGCUCCUGUGAUUUCUUCGCCAUCGACGCCUACACUUCGUUCUAUGCCGGCGCUCUUCAAGGGGGAUCUCUGGAGGACUGCACAAGCAACUCUUCUCACCCUGGGUAUCCUGAAUGCGCCGCAACAUCUUCCAGCGACCCUAAUGGAUUUGGGAUAGGACCGGGCGCUGAUCUGGGCGCAGGUUGGUUGAAGAGCACGCCUGGUGGAAUCAGGAAGUUCUUGAAGGCCAUUACUCAAGAGCUCUUCCCAAGCGUCAAGGAUAUCAUGGUUAGCGAAUUCGGUUUCUCGGAGCCCUUCGAAAGCUCCUUCACCAAUCUUCAGGAUACCCUAUGGGAUUUGAGGAGAGCGGAUUACCUGCAAGGAUUCAUGGACAACAUUCUGAUGGCCAUUCACCACGACAAGAUUAAUGUCACCGGGGCGUUUAUAUGGUCCAUCUGUAAGCCCUGAAUCAUAUGUAAACUCUCGCAACACGUUAGCUAACGAUCGUCAGACGACAACUUUGAGUGGGGAUCCGGUAUAAGAACCAGAUUCGGCAUCCAACACCUUGACUACGCUUCCCUCAAGCGCACUCCCAAAGCCAGUACCUUCCAGAUGCUCAAUUGGUUCAAGUAAGGCACCCCCGUCUUUCCCAAAGUGGCCAAAGUUCGCGCUAACGUGGUUCCUACCGUAGGUCCCAUGGCGGAGAAUUUAUCGGUGGCAGAGCUGGGAACAGCACCAUGCACGGGGGAUAGAAUACUGCACCCGCAGCCAACCAGGGAGUAGAAAAGGGAGGAAUGCACCCCGGCGGGUGGUGGAACUGUAUUUAGCACUGUAAUCUGCGCUAGCAUUAUCGGUAUCUUUUUGCGAUGUCGAUUCUCUAUGAACCCCCAAUAAUAUUCUAAUUGCACUAUACGACAG